ACUUUCCAUCACUAGAGUGGAUCCGGAGUCACGACAGAAAGCAUUUAGCACUUUGCUCACACACCGUACAUUGCCUGCUAGAGGAGCUCCUCCUGCACUUCCUAAGAUCCUCAAUUGUAUAAUUGCUAACUUCCACAGGGAAGCUCCUUGAAUUUUGCUUUCACUUUUAAUACCGCUAAAACUGCGUACCUAUUAAAGCAGAUGAACAGAACGCGUUUAUGAAUCAGAAUCCGUAUUCAUUUUCUGAGGGGAAAGUUGAUAAAAUGAAGCUUGUCUUUAAUUUGCUUGCAUGGAUCUUGUUUUUACUCGAGCACGUUGCAUCUGGUGUUGGUUCAGAUGAAGUGUCAGUGUUUGUGAUGGAGGGAGAUUCAGUCAUUUUUCACACUGGUGUUGAAACAAGCCAACAAGAAGAUAUUAAGUGGUAUUUCAGCGGCACUCGCAUCGCUCAAAUCAAUGGAGCUCUCAGUUAUAUCUGUACAGAUGUUAAGUGUAAUAAAGGCACUGAGAGAUUCAGAGACAGACUGAAGCUGGACAAUCAGACUGGAUCUCUGACCAUCAUGAACAUCAGAAACACAAACUCUGGACUUUAUGAACUGAAGAUCAUCAGAAGCAGCAGCGGCAGUGACAAAAUCUUCAAUGUUACUGUCAAUGGUGUUCCUGCUGUUGAACAUGAUGAAGUGAAGAGAAAUGAGGGGGAAGCUGUCACUUUAGAUUCUGGUGAAAUAAGAAAACCAAAUGAUGUGAUGACAUGGUUUUUUAAUGACGCUCUCAUCGCUCAAAUUACUGGUGAUCCCCAUAAAACCUGUACAGAUGUUCAGUGUAACACUGGCACUGAAAGAUUCAGAGACAGACUAAAGGUGAAUCAGACUGGAUCUCUGACCAUCAAAGAGACCAGAACCACAGACGCUGGACUUUAUAAACUACAGAUCAUCAUCAGCAGCAGCAGUUUCAGUAUCACCAGAGAGAAGAGAUUCAGUGUUACUGUCUUUGCUGUUUCAGAUUCAGGGUUGUCUUCAGCUGCUGCAGCAGGAAUUGUUGUUGUUGUUUUGCUUGCGGCAGCAGCUCUAAUUGCUGGAUCGAUUUACUGUCGUCACAGGAGAUACACAAGAGCACCACAGAAUAAGCAGAUAUUCACCAGUGAUGUAUUGUCAAAAUCUCCUAAAUAAACUAAAUAGGAAUUUAAAACAAUAAUAAUAAUAGAGUUAAAUUUCUAUUUCUUUUAGAGAAAUUAAAAGAAAAUGCCAAUAUAACAGUUCAAGCAUAGAUGUGGUAUUGAAAUCACAAUACUUCAAAUUUGUAUUUCUGUAAUACACAGAAGAUGACAGCUUGAUGCAGUUUUAGAUACUGUUUUAAGUAUUUAGGGAAAGUAAAAAAAAAAAAAAAAUGUUUGUUGUUUGUGUAACUGACUCAUCAGUUACUUUUACCAUUUAUGAUUUAUUUUUAUUUUUUAUUUUAUACAGGAUAAUGAUGUUAAUAGGGGCAUUGCUUUGAGGGACACAGAACAUCCUUAAAUCAGACUCCGGACAAGGCUGCUUAAAAAACUAUGUAACAUAAUUUGUCAUUUUGAUACUUUCACUGAAAGGGACACUAAAGAGAAUUCAGGAAAAAAAUGGAGAGAAGAGGAUCUGCUAAAACUGCCUUCAGAGUAAUUGUGUCAUGAGUCCAGGAUUUCAAUUUCAAUUUAAAAACAAUUUUUAUUUUUGAAAAUAUAUAUUUUUUAAUGAAUUAAAACAUUUAGCCUUAAAUAGUAUAUGAGCUGUAAUCAGCAAGUGCUUUAUGCUUUUCACUAUAUGCAUUUAUCAAAGCUGCUGAAGUUUUCUAGUCAGGAAUAAUGAGUGAUUAUUUCUUUCUUAUCUUUUGCACAAAGACAUACCACACAUCCGUUAUUUUAAGUUAUUAAGAGACAAUGGCUGCGUUUUCCACAAUUACCUCACCAAGAAAAGCAUAAUACAUUUCACUCCUCACACAGUCUUAUAGUGAAGAACACAAGUGCUCUUCAUAGUCUGCACUAUACUCAUGUUUCUACUUUUUUUGACUGAAAUCAUUAUGUUACUAAUGUGUCGAAUAGCAUCUGAAUAGCAUUGCUUUGUAUAUGUCCACCAGCUACUCUGGAAACAAAACAAGCCUUAGAGAUGCCUGGAAGUUCACUGAUUUAUUUGAAAGUUUUGCUGAGAGUAUUUAUGAUGUGCAGUGCCUGUAACUGGAUGCGGUGUUGAAUUAUUAUGUUUCUCUGGACUGGAGUUAUGUGAUGUUUGUCCCUUGUCAUUUUUUUUCUUUUCUUUUUGUCUGGGGCUAAUUUUAAAUAUACAUUUACAUUUACGCAUUUAGCAGACGCUUUUAUCCAAAGUGACUUACAAUUCAGGCUAUACAUUUUAUCAGUAUGUAUAUUUAUAUUUAAAUAGCUUCAACAGAGAUGUAUUAUUAGGUUUAUUAAUGUCAGAUAAAUAUUUCGUAGUCAUGUAUGCAAGUUUUUUUGUUUUACCAUAAAUCAAUAAGAACUGGAACAAAUGUCACACGCUGGUGACGCCUAAUGGCCAGAAUGGUGUAAAUGCAGUGAAAACACAGACAAAACGUGCACUAAAACACCUUUACAAACCAGUUGCAAGCAUUUUAUUGAAAAUGCAUUCUUAAAUUAAAUAGUCGCUUCUUUUUCUUUCUUCAUUUUUGUUGUUUUUGACCAAAGAAACGCCCAAUAAAUGGAUUGGUACGGACACUGCAUUUUAUUUUCAAUCUCUUCAAGAAACAAGGGCUUAAAAACCAAUGGUCUAAAAAUAAGACAAACAACUACACACUUUUUUUGUUGUUGUUGUUGUUGUUGUUUUUCGGGACAUUUUCAUGCACGGCAUCCAUCUUUGAUUUCUGUAAGAAAACACAAACUCAGUUAGGAACCUGCAAAUGCGACAGUUUAAAGCUAAUAAUAGAAUUUUGCUUCAAAUUCACUCAGAGUAGAAAUUAAUUGUAGAUCAAUUGCACUAUAUUGAACAGAAAUAAAGUUUUCUUUCAUAAUGUC